AGGCGCACCCUGCCGGGGCAGACACUGCGCUCUCGCCCGCAGAGCACCCCUCUAAACUUCUUGGUCUCCAGGACGGACGCUCAGGCGCUUCCCUCGCCUUGGCCAAACUUGCUUUCCCGCCUCUCAAAUUCGACUUCCUUGCACUCCAAACUCUUUUCCCUCCAGUUUCCCCUCCUCUGUCUCCCAAGCCACAAACCCCGGUCCCCAAUUCUCUCCCCCCACCCCACGCCCUCUCCUUUCUUCUCUCCCUUUUCAACUUCUUGUCCGAUUCCACCUCAGGCUCCAAGCGUUCCUAACUCAGUCCCCCGCUUUCCUUCGGCUCGAAGCCAUGGCGGGACCUGGGGGUUGGAGGGACAAGGAAGUCACGGAUCUGGGCCACUUGCCGGAUCCAACUGGGAUAUUCUCACUGGAUAAAACCAUUGGCCUUGGUACUUAUGGCAGGAUCUAUCUGGGACUCCAUGAAAAAACUGGUGCAUUUACAGCUGUUAAAGUGAUGAAUGCUCGUAAGACCCCUUUACCUGAAAUAGGACGACGAGUGAGAGUGAAUAAAUAUCAAAAGUCUGUUGGAUGGAGAUACAGCGAUGAGGAAGAGGAUCUCAGGACUGAACUCAACCUUUUAAAGAAGUACUCUUUCCACAAAAACAUUGUGUCCUUCUAUGGUGCUUUUUUCAAGCUGAGCCCCCCCGGCCAGAGGCACCAACUUUGGAUGGUGAUGGAGUUAUGUGCAGCAGGCUCAGUCACUGAUGUAGUAAGAAUGACCAGAAAUCAGAGUUUGAAAGAAGAUUGGAUUGCUUAUAUCUGCCGAGAAAUCCUUCAGGGCUUAGCUCAUCUUCAUGCACACCGUGUAAUUCACCGGGACAUCAAAGGUCAGAAUGUGUUACUGACUCAUAAUGCUGAAGUAAAACUUGUGGAUUUUGGAGUGAGUGCCCAGGUGAGCAGAACUAAUGGGAGGAGAAAUAGUUUCAUUGGGACGCCAUACUGGAUGGCACCUGAGGUGAUUGACUGUGAUGAGGACCCAAGACGCUCCUAUGAUUACAGAAGUGAUGUGUGGUCCGUGGGAAUCACUGCUAUUGAAAUGGCUGAAGGGGCUCCUCCCCUGUGUAACCUUCAGCCCUUGGAAGCCCUCUUUGUUAUUUUGCGGGAAUCCGCCCCCAAAGUCAAAUCCAGUGGAUGGUCUCGUAAGUUCCACAAUUUCAUGGAAAAGUGCAUGAUAAAAAAUUUCCUAUUUCGUCCUACUUCUGCAAACAUGCUUCAUCACCCUUUUGUUCAGAAUAUAAAAAAUGAAGGACAUGUUGUUGAGUCAUUAAAGAAGCAUCUUACUGGAAUCAUUAAAAAGAGACAGAAAAAAGGAAUACCUCUGAUAUUUGAAAGAGAAGAAGCUAUUAAGGAGCAGUACACCAUGAGAAGAUUCAGAGGACCUUCUUGUACUCAUGAGCUUCUGAGACUGCCAACUAGCAGUAGAUGCAGACCACUUAGAGUUCUGCAUGGAGAACCCUCUCAGCCAAGGUGGUUGCCUGAUCGAGAAGAGCCACAGGUUCAGGCACUUCAGCAUCUACAGGGAGCAGCCAGGGUGUUCAUGCCACUACGAGCUCAGGACAAUGCACCUAGGCUUCUACAGGGGCAAGCCCAGGCACCUCAGCGACUACAAGGGGCAGCUCGUGUGUUUAAGCCACUACAGGCUCAGGUUAAGGCGAAGGCAUCUAGGCCCCUACAGAUGCAGGUUAAGGCACCUCCAAGACUACGGAGGGCAGCCUGGAUGCUCAUGCCACUACAGGCUCAGGUUAAGACACCUAGGACUCUACAGCUACAAGCCCAGGUGCCAAAAGAACAGCAGGCUCAGGCCCAGCCCCAGGCAUCAGAAGAGCCACAGGAUCUGGACCAGGUACCAGAGGAAUUUCAGGGUCAAGAUCAAGUACCAGAACAACAGCAAAGGCAGGGUCAGGCCCCUGAACAACACCAGGGGCAGAACCAGUUACCUGAACAACAGCUGGAGCAGAACCAGGUACCUGAACAGCCAGAGGUACAGGAGCAGGCUGUUGAGCCCACACAGGCAGAGAUUGAGGCAGAGGAACCUGAGUCAUUACGAGUACAUGCCCAGGUAUUCCUGCCCCUACUGUCACAGAACCACCAUGUGCUGUUGCCACUACAUUUGGAUACUCAAGUGCUCAUUCCAGUAGAGAGGCAAAUUGAAGGGUCACCUCAGGCACACACCUGGGCACUAGAGCCCCCACAGGCAGUUGGCUCAGUUCAAGAACUGAUAGAGGGACUCUCAAGAGACUUACUUCGAGCACCAAACUCACAUAACUCAAAGCCACUUGGUCCACUGCAAACCUUGAUGGAAAGUCUGUCUUCAAACAUGUUUUACUCUCAACGAGAACAGGCAGGGAAGAAAAAAUCAAAAGUUUCUAGUCUAAGGCAGGCAUUGGCAAAAAGACUAUCACCAAAGAGGUUCCGGGCAAAGCUAUCACGGAGACCUGAAGAGUUUGAGCUCUCAGAUUUAGAAGCCUGCAGGAGAAGGUGCCAGCGCAGAUGGGAAGAUAUCUUUAAUCAGCACGAGGAAGAAUUGAGACAAGUUGCAAAUGACAAAGAAGAUGAAUCAUCAGACAAUGAUGAAGUAUUUCAUUCAAUUCAGGCUGAAGUCCAAAUAGAACCAUUGCAGCCAUAUGUUCCAAAUCCUAAAGGAAAUAAAGUCCAAGAGAGAUCUACUUCAGUGCCUUACAAUCAAGAUUGUGCACACUAUGUCAAGUUCUCUUCAAGUGUUCCUCAGCGGUCUGUUUUGGAACAAGCUCAGAAGCCCAUUGACAUCAGACAAAGGAGUUCACAAAAUCCUCAAAAUUGCCCAGCAGUAUCAGAAUCUUCUUCUGAGGAAGAGAGUCCUGUAACCUGGAGGAGGUCCCAGUCAUCACCGCCUUACUCUACUAUUGAUCAGAAGUUGCUGGUUGAUGUCCAUGUUCCAGAUGGAUUUAAAGUAGGAAAAAUAUCACCCCCUGUUUACUUGACAAAUGAAUGGGUAGGCUAUAAUGCACUCUCUGAAAUCUUCCGGAAUGAUUGGUUAACUCCUGCACCUGUCAUUCAGCCACCUGAAGAGGAUGGUGAUUAUGUUGAACUCUAUGAUACUGGUGCUGAUACUGAUGGUGAUGAUGAUGAUUCUAAUGAUGCCUAUGAAGAUACCUAUGACCAUGACAAUGGCAAUGAUGGCUUGGAUAACCAGGUUGGUCAGGUUAAUGAUAUUGGUGAAGACCAUGAUGAUAAUGACAAUGACGAAGCUAUUGAUGACAAAGACAAUAAUCAUGAUGAUGCUCCUUGUUGGCCAAGACCAAGCUAUGGUGAUGGAAGCUACAAGCAAGAUGGUAGAGAUGGAAAUGAUGGUGGAGAAGGGACAUGCAGCAGCUAUGGAAGUCAGAGAGUCAGUAGAAGCCAUGGAGGAAGUGUAGCCAGUGGGGGCAGUGCGGCCAUUGGAGACCAUGAAGAACAUGGAGCCAAUAUAGGCAAUGGAAGAAGAGUCAAGGUAAAUGGAGGUAAGGGAGUCAGUGGAACCAAUGAAGAAAGUGGAGCCUUUGAACUCAGUGAAGGAGAAAAUUACUCAGAGACAGCAGAGACAGAUGGUCAAGGAUUGGAGAGACUGACAUCCCAGGACUUUGAACAUCAACAGGAGGAGCCAGGUGGUAGAAGUGAGGCCUCAAAUGCCAUUGCCUCAGAUGCUGCACCAGCAGCACCUGAUGACAAGAAUGACAGCAUGGAUAUAUUGGAAGCGUCAACACAAUCAGGUUUUUCUGCCAGCCACUCAUCUCCUUCUAAUAGUUCUGGGAGGGCUGCAAAUGCUGACUUUGCCAGUGCCAUCUUGUAUGCUGGGUUAGUGGAAGCACCUGAGAAAUCACCUAAGCCACCAUCUGAAGUCAACGUUAACCCACUAUAUGUGUCUCCUGCAUGUAAAAAACCACUAAUCCACAUGUAUGAAAAGGAAUUCACUUCUGAGAUCUGCUGUGGUUCUUUGUGGGGAGUGAAUUUGCUGUUGGGAACUCGAUCUAAUCUGUAUCUGAUGGACAGAAGUGGAAAGGCAGACAUUACUAAACUGAUAAAGCGAAGACCAUUCCGUCAGAUUCAAGUUGUAGAGCCACUCAAUUUGCUGAUUACCAUCUCUGGCCAUAAGAACAGACUUAGGGUGUAUCAUUUGACCUGGCUGAGGAACAAGAUUUUGAAUGAUGAUCCUGAUAGUAAAAGAAGACAAGAGGAGAUGCUAAAGACAGAAGAAGCCUGCAAAGCUAUUGAUAAACUGACAGGUUGUGAACACUUCAGUGUCCUCCAACAUGAAGAAACAACAUAUAUUGCAAUUGCUUUGAAGUCAUCAAUUCACCUUUAUGCAUGGGCACCAAAGUCCUUCGAUGAAAGUACUGCUAUUAAAGUGUUUCCAACAGUUGGUCAUAAGCCAGUGACAGUUGACCUGGCUAUUGGUUCUGAAAAAAGGCUAAAGAUUUUCUUCAGCUCAGCAGAUGGAUAUCACAUCAUUGAUGCAGAAUCUGAGGUUAUGUCUGAUGUGACCCUGCCAAAUAACCCCCUGGAAAUCAUUAUACCACAGAAUAUCAUCAUUUUACCUGAUUCCUUGGGAAUUGGCAUGAUGCUCACCUUCAAUGCUGAAGCCCUUUCUAUGGAAGCAAAUGAACAACUCUUCAAGAAGAUUCUUGAGGUGUGGAAAAACAUACCAUCUUCAGUAGCUUUUGAGUGUACACAGCGAACCACAGGAUGGGGCCAAAAGGCCAUUGAAGUCCGCUCUUUGCAAUCAAGGGUUCUGGAAAGUGAACUGAAGCGCAGGUCAAUUAAGAAGUUGAGAUUUCUGUGUACCCGAGGUGACAAGCUAUUUUUUACCUCUACCCUGCGCAAUCGCCACAGCCGGGUUUAUUUCAUGACCCUUGGAAAACUUGAGGAGCUCCAAAGCAUUUAUGAUGUUUAAAAGGUUCCAGUGAUUUAUUACAACAUUUACCAACAUCAUAAAUAUGAAAUAUGUAUCUUUAAAUUUCUGAGAUUAAAUGAGCAUUCAGUUUUAUUGUUAGGGAAAAAUUAAAUCAGAUACUUUACUUUUAAUGUAGCACAAAAUAAUUCUAAUGAGAAAUGCAGCUUUAUAUAUAAAAUUAACUAUAGCAAGCUCUGUGUACUCCAAUGGUGUACAAUGUCUUUUGCACAAACUUUGUAACUUUUGUUACUGUGAACUCAAAUGUUACUCUUAGUACAGUUUGGACAGUAUCUAUAUUCAGAUAUUACUACAUGGAGUAAAGAAACCUGUAAUGAGUUAGAUUCCAAGUAGCUUUCAAAAUAAUUGGCCCUGAGUGAGAUUUUUCAGAAAGAAAUAAAAAUAGCAACAAACUAUAUGCAAACUUGCAAAGUCAUAUAAAGAACCAAAAGUUAGAUUAUUAAAUGAAAAUAAUAAGAACUAUGCUACAAACAAGACUAAGGCUGAACAACCUGCAUGCCUAGAGAAAACUACAGUGAUAAAGGGGAAAAGGCCACCCAUUUCCUUACUGUUCCUUGACAGUUAAGCCCCCAGUCAGAGACCAGUUGUGUUUUUUUCAUACCAUAUUCAGCUGGUUUUCUCCUGAUAAGAAGGAAGAAAGUCUUAGAUGCUUGAUGUUCCUCAGAACCCCUGAAGAUGUGCAAUAGCUGUUUGUUUGUUUGUUUGUUUGUUUUUUUAAACCACCAAAUAACAGUUGCAAGCCUGAAUACAGGACUAAACUCCUAUACACAUGUACUGUAGAAUGAGUUGAGGUUUUUUUUUUUAAUACUUUAAAAUAGGCGUCAAAUUCUAACCCCCAAAGACAGAUUGGUUGAUUUAUAAAAAUUCUUAUCUGGCCAAAAGUGGGACCAUCAGACAACAUGGAAUAUUUUCCCAAUCCUAGAUUGAACUACAUAAGAAGUUCCCCUCAGUUAUUAAACAAAAAGAAUAAAAUGCAACAACAAAAAAACUUUGGCUGCUAAUACUUUUUUUUUUCCCAUUUCUAUUUCUGUAAAAUAAGAAAUUAAUCUAAAAGUGACAAGUCCACAUGUAAGGACUUAAUGUUUAGGUAAAAAAAGAAAAAGAAAAAAACAUUUUGAAAAAAAUACAACUUUCAUCAAAUUUAGAGUAGUGACAAUCAUGUUAGUCCAUCACCCAAUAUGUUAUAGACGCCAUAGAUAGGUGGUGUUUGGUCACCUAUGGUAACUGAUACCUGGUGAAAACCAUAAUUUCUACAUAUCCAUCCUCAAUACCAUGGUUAGUUCUGGGGCAAGAAUAAGCAACAGAACUACCACAAAGUAUACCUCAGUAUAAUUCCUCUAGUUCUGCUUCAAGAGUAUGAAGACAGUGCUAGUGGGAUAAUAGUUUUCAAACUACCUGGUUAACCAAAAUAAAAAAGCAGCUGACUAUGUGUGAUUUCGUGAUAGCACAUUAUUUCUUGGUGCCUUGGUGACAAGAAUGAUGAUUUGGAUUUUCCUAACAACUUACAUCAAGAGUGUAGUAGCUCAAAAUGAAUAUUUAGGAGAACCUAAAUCCAUGAAUUACAGAAAUAAAUGUGAUUCACAUCUCUGUUACUGUGACACAAUAAUGUGAUCCUAAAACUGGCUUAUCCUUGAGUGUUUACAACUCGAAUGACUUUUUAAAUGCAGUAGUUUAAAGAGGAAACAAACAUUUAUGUCAAAUUAUUUCCUUAGAAGUAGUCUUCAUUAUUAUAAAUUUGUACACCAAAAAGGCCAUGGGGGAGCUUUGUGCAAGUACCUCAUUGCUGAGCAAAUGGAGCUUGCUAUGUUUGCAUUUCAGAAAAUUCUUUCAUUUAAGUAGCGUGUAGAAUCAAGUCUUUUAAAAAUUCAUUUUUCUUCAUAAUAUUUACUCAAAGUUAAGAUUAGAGAAAUAAGUUUCAUCUUAAAAUCAUAUUUUUAAGGCAGUAAGACAGUAAACUAGUUUAGGAAAUCAACUCCCAUUGUGCUCUGUGGCUGUUAUUCUAGUAAAACAUAGACCAUGGUGAACUGAAUCUACAGAGAUGUACCAAAGUAAACAAACAAGAAAAAUUGCAGACGUGUAGCUGAACUUUAAAGGAUAAGUUGUUAACGAAGAAAGGAGGCUGGCACACAUCACAAAGGGAGAUUGAAAUGUUGGAUAGCCAAAUAGGAUUGAAAAUAUUUAAAGUGGUGUAUAAGUAAUGAAUAUCUCAAAUUUUGAUGUUAUUCCAUAUGGAAUUUGUAUACCCUUUGCCAGCUGAAACAAGAAAGUGAAGGGGCAAUUAAAUUUCAUAGUCCGUGCACAGUAAUGGAAGAAAUUAUAUCUAUACCUCACCUUGUAGAUCAGCACUUGGCAGUCCGAGCUCAUUACAGAAGCAAUGGCGGGGUAAUCCUGGCUAGCCAAUUCUCCUAGCCCUGUGAUUGAAAGCAUGAAAGUUCUAGCAGGUUGUGAGUAGCAUUGGGACAGAAUACAGUUUUAUUUUAGUGUAUUUUAGUUUUUUUCACCAAAGCUCUUGUCCAAAAUAAAAGGCAUUGUUGGAAAUAUUUGAAAACUAAAAAAUGAUGUAUAAAGAGGGCUAACAAGAAAAGCUCUGAGUGAUUAGGUCUGUUGAAGUAAGGGAAGAGCUCAGAGGAAAUAGUAGGAAAGGAUAAUCGUUUAGAUAGUAAAAUAGGCAAAGCAGAAAUCACACAUGUACAUGCACACACAUAUACAUACACACAUGCAAACCAUUAGAAUGCAUAAUUUUAAUAUUUUCAGUGCUACCAGUUUCUAGAUAAAAUAAUCACUGUGUUUUCUGCCAGCACUCAUUUAAUUGAAACAGUAUUCAUAAAACCAGGAAUAAUGCCACAUGCACUCAAUGGGAUCUUUUAAAUACUCUUCAAUUAUUUUUUUAAAUGUGCCUAUUUAAAUCAAUUUGUAUUCGAUAUGUGCUUUAACUUAAAAAAUUAUUGAAAUAAUCUUUGAGACUGCUAAUUGUUUCAUCAGAAAGUCUGCAAUGAACCAUGUUCAACCUCUAAAAAUAAACAUUUUAAAAAUUA